AUGCGAAAAAGCCGCCCAACCAAGCAGAAUAAGCUGCAAUCUCAGACGGCCCAGUCCGCGGGACUCGAGCAGCCCAGUUGCCAGGUGAUCCGGAUCACAGGCCCGAGUGUACAGGUUGGUGUCGGCAUCGGUUCAACGUUAAAGUUGAGUGUAAACCGGAUUGUCGAGUUGGCCUCACGAAGACGAAGGAAAGAGCUCGAAGUGUGUCUUUGA